AUGAAUAAAUUUUGUAUUCAAAUUGUUUUAUUUCUUUUAAGCAUCUCCGUAUCCGUGAAUACUAAAUCAAUUGUAGCUAAGCCUGAUCCAAGAAAAGCUACAGAAUCUAAAUCAACAAAAUAUUAUCCUACCAAUGAUAACUCAGAAGAAAUAUAUGAAAAAUACAAGCACCUAUUAUGUACUAACCCCGAAGAAACUAUAAACGCACAAAAAGUUAUGAACGAAGCUGUAACACAUUUAAAAUCUCAUGCUGCAGAUAUGCAUGCGUAUAAAUUUUGUGGAACAGAUUUUAAUUAUCAUAUGGAUUUACAUAAAAGAAAUCAUGAAGACCGUAUAAAGGGUGAAAAAAUUGAAUAUAUAAUUCGUGAUUCAGAUAAGUAUAAUGAAGUAAUAAACGAGUUAUGGGAUCCUGAUCAUCCCAAUUUUUUAAAUAAUGGCUCUGUUAAAAUUACCCGUGUAUACAAUCCAAAUUUAGUAAUGAUACAACAACGUUACAAAAAAAAGUUUGGACGCCGUCAGAAAUAUUUUUAUGCUUUAGCUGCAAAGGUUGAAGUAUCAGAAGACACAACUAUAAUUGUCAUGACUUCAGCAAAUAUAAAUGAUCACAACCCUUCCAAUAAAAAAUAUAAAAACAAAAUUGUAAAAAGCGCAAAUUCAUUCAAAACUGACGUUGAUUCUGAAGAUGAUAUUAAACAAGGAAAAUUAAAAAAAGCGUUUGUUAACAUAGCUGGAUAUGUCAUUCAAAAAUACAGAGCUGUUAAUGUCACUUAUAUCGAAUCUAUUGAUGGGCAUGCUUCCAUUAAACAACCCUGGAUUAUUGGAAAAUAUUUUAAAUAUUUUCACAUUCAUAAGUAA